AUGGUGGAAAUCAAACCUACGACUUCGACAGUCCAGAUGGAUGACGGAGUCAAUUUACGUGUGAAGGCUAUUGGCGAGAACUCGAAAAGUACCAAACCUCUCCUCAUCGCCCUUCACGGUGCACCAGGGUUAUCCACUUCUGUAGAACCGGAAGCUACUUUCACAUUUCUCUCCGACAUCUUUCGAGUUCUGGUAUUCGAUGCUCGGGGGAGUGGUGGUUCUGAUAUGACUGGGCCAUACAGUCAUGAUCGCUGGAUCAAAGAUAUUGAAAUCCUGAGGAAAUGGGCAGGCGCAGAAAAAUUCGUCCUUGCUGGCUGGAGCUAUGGAGGGUUUAUUUCGCUAGACUACGCUGUUUUGCAUGCGGAUAAACUCCUCGGCUUAAUGCUCAGAGAUACUUGGGCAAAUGGAAUACUGGGCCAGAUGACGGCUCUAGGGAACAUCUUGACCGAUGACCGGCUCCACGUCGAUGUUGCACGUCAAGUUAGGGUUUGGUCGGGCAAUCUUCGAGACGACAAAGAUUUCGAGGAAGCGAUUCCGGAAAUUCUACCAAUUUAUGCACCACCAGAAGAUCCUUCCCUCAAAGGACCAGUCAAAGAUAAUGACGAGCUGAAGGGAUUUGAAGGAAUGGACGAGCGUGCGGCUUAUAACUCAGCUACACAGAAUGCGGCUUUCAGUAUAAAUGUGCCAUGCUUUGAUGUUCGCCAGAAACUCAAGGAUAUCAAGACUCCUACUCUCGUUGUUGUUGGGCGUCAUGACCGUAUCACUCCAGUUGAGUUCAGCCAAGAAAUAGCAAACGGCAUUCCAGGAUCAAGGUUGGAGAUUUUCGAGCACUCCGGACAUAAUCCAGCAUCUGAUGAGACAGAAAAGUUCAGACAAGUUACGCUAGACUUUUUGAGAACAGUUAUAUAG